AUGAUCAGGUCUAUUCCUGUGCAGGCAGUUCCACUUGGACUGUUUGACAUACCUGCAGAAAUACUACCAGAAGUCAACCGUUGGUUUGCGGAUCAUGCUGUAGGCCAUAAUUUCACCAUUUCUGUGGUGGCACAAGAGGAAAAAGGGAAGUUCAUUGUUGAACUGUUUGAUGGAUCCUUGAAUGUAAAUGAGAAAGCCAGAGAGAGGAUGGCAGAAAUGAAACAACAGUUGACUGACCAGCAGCUUCCCAACAGUUCAAAACUGACUACUGCGCCCAAUGUACCACAAGAGCUCAUGGAAGUAUCAGAAUUAACAAAGACAACACAACAAAACAGAGUCCACAGCAUGUUCGCCAGAGAUGAUCUACAGAUGGGUUCAAAUUCAACACCUGAUACCUCGACACCGAAGAGUUUUGAUGAAGGAAAUACACCAGCUUUGGAAGCAAUUAUUGAACACAAAGAAAAUGUGACAGAAACCUCUGUGCAAAGUUAUAAAAGUGACUCAGAAGUGGCUCAAGUACUCAAGGAAGAGGUGUAUGCUUCCUGCAUUGUUGGACCAAAUUACUUCUGGUGUCAGUACAGCAACACCGAAGACCUGAACACAGUGUCAAAGCUUGCUCAGGAAGCAGGACAAAUACAACAAGAUAGCAUCUUCCUCGAGAGGCUGGAGCCUGGCAGUCCAUGCCUUGCUCUGUUCUCCAGUGACAACCAGUGGUACAGGGCUCAAGUAAUUCUAAAAGCUGGCAACACCCUCCAUGUUGUGUUUAUUGACUAUGGAAACGAGUCUGAAGUUGACAUUGAAAAUGUAAGAUCACUGCCUCAGAGCCUGCUGGACAUUGCUCCUCAGGCCUUUAUGUGCCAUCUGAAGGACUUCAAUGAGUCUAAGGGCUCCUGGAAUGAUGAAGUUUAUGAUGACUUCUAUAAUCUUCUGAUUAAUAAACCACUCAAAGUGACCAUCUUUAACAUGGAAGGCCAUUCAGAGAUUGCAGUUCCACAGUAUGCAGUGGAAAUUGAAUGCGAUAAAGUGGUCAUCAAUAGAUUAAUGCAGAAAUACUGGAGACCAUUUUCUACAGAACAGUCCAAAAAUGAGACGCCUCUAAAAGAAACCCAAGAUACUGAAACUGGAGGCAAUUACAUAAACACUGAGGAUCUCUGCAAGGUGAUUCAGCUUGCUCAAGAGGCAGGACAGUCGGAUCAGGACAUGACAUUCGCUGAGACUCUUGGUCCUGGCAGUCCAUGCCUCGCUCUGUUCUCCAGUGACAACCAGUGGUACAGGGCUCAAGUAAUUCGCAGAGUUAAUGAUGCAUUCUGUGUUUUGUUUGUUGACUAUGGAAAUGAGUCUGAAGUUGACAUCAAGGAUGUCCGAUCACUGCCUCAGAGUCUGCUGGAGAUCGCUCCUCAGGCCUUUUUGUGCCGUUUGAAUGGAUUCAAUGAGUCAAAGGGUUCCUGGGAUGACAAAGCGUCAGAUGGCUUCUAUAAUCUUCUGGUUGAUAAACCACUAAAAUUGACAGUGUUCAGCGUGGAAGACCAUCCAGAGAUUGAAGUUUCACAGUUUUCUGUGGAAAUUGACUAUGAAGGAAUGGUUGUGAAUGUGGCAAUGCAGAAGUACUGGAAACCACUUACCGAAGAAUGCCUUAUGAUGGAAAAUCCUCAGAGUCCCAGAGGGAAUGUGAGUACUUGCAUGUACAAAGAGCCAAGUAUUUCCAAAAGUAAGACAGAGAUGGUAUAUGCCUCUUGUAUUGCGGAACCACAUUUCUUCUGGUGUCAGUACACCAACACUGAGGAUCUCUGCAAAGUGAUUCAGCUUGCUCAAGAGGCAGGGCAGUCAGAUCAGGACUUGAGCUUGACAGAGACUCUUGUUCCUGGCAGUCCAUGCCUCGCUCUGUUCUCCAGUGACAACCAGUGGUACAGGGCUCAAGUAAUGCGGAAGACUGACAAUACACUACAUGUUCUGUUUGUAGACUAUGGAAAUGAGUCAGAAAUUGACAUCAAGGAUGUCCGAUCACUGCCUCAGAGUCUGCUGGAGAUCGCUCCUCAGGCCUUUUUGUGUUGUUUGGAUGGAUUCGAUGAGUCUAAAGGGUCCUGGGAUGAUCUAGUUUAUGAUGACUUCUACAAUCUUCUGAUUGAUAAACAACUUAAAUUGACAGUGUGCAACAUGAAAGACCAUCCAGAGAUUGCUGUUCCUCAUUAUGCUGUGAAAAUCGAGGAUGAAAGAGUGGUUGUAAAUGCAACAGUGCAAAAAUAUUGGAAACCAGUUACCAAAGAAUGUCUGAUGACAGAAAAUUCUCAAUGUCCUCAGGGAAAUGAGAGUGCUUGCACAUACAAAGAGCCAAGAAUUUCCGUAAAUAAGAUGGUACAUGCCUCUUAUAUUGUGGAACCACAUUUUUUCUGGUGUCAGUAUACCAUCACUGAGGAUCUCUGCAAAGUGAUUCAGGAGGCAGGACAGUCGGAUCAGGACAUGACAUUCACAGAGACUCUUGGUCCUGGCAGUCCAUGCCUUGCUCUGUUUUCCAGUGACAACCAGUGGUACAGGGCUCAAGUAAUUCAGAAAACUGACAAGACACUACGUGUUCUGUUUGUUGACUAUGGAAAUGACGUUGAAGUUGACAUCAAGGAUGUCCGAUCACUGCCUCAGAGUCUGCUGGAGAUUGCACCUCAGGCCUUCUUGUGCCAUUUGGAUGGAUUUGAUAAGUCUAAGGGCUCUUGGGAUGAUGAAACAUCUGCUGAAUUCUAUAAUCUUCUGAUUGAUAAACCACUCAAGUUGACAGUGCUAAAUGUGGAAAACCAUUCUAAGCUUGCUGUUCUUCACUAUGCAGUUGAAAUUGAGUGUGCAGGAGUGGUUGUAAAUGCAGCAAUGCAGAAAUACUGGAAACCAGUUACUGAAGAAUGUGCUGUGACAGAAAGUCCUCAAAGAGAAAUUGUACCCCAAGGUGGUCCAGUGGAGUGUAGGAUGACACAUGGGAAUGAGAGUACUUGCAUGUACAAAGAGCCAAGUAUUUCAAAAAAUAAGGCAGAAAUGGUGUAUGCCUCUUGUAUUGCAGAACCUCAUUUCUUCUGGUGUCAGUACACCAACACUGAGGAUCUCUGCAAAGUGAUUCAGCUUGCUCAAGAGGCAGGGCAGUCAGAUCAGGACUUGAGCUUGACAGAGACUCUUGUUCCUGGCAGUCCAUGCCUCGCUCUGUUCUCCAGUGACAACCAGUGGUACAGGGCUCAAGUAAUGCAAAAAACUGACAAUACACUUCAUGUUCUGUUUGUUGAUUAUGGAAAUGAGUCUGAAGUUGACAUCAAGGAUGUCCGAUCACUGCCUCAGACUCUGCUGGAGAUUGCUCCUCAGGCCUUUUUGUGCCGUUUGAAUGGAUUUGACGAGUCAAAGGGUUCCUGGCAGGAUGAAGUUUAUGAUGACUUCUAUAAUCUUCUGAUUGAUAAACAACUUAAAGUGACAGUGGUUAGCGCAGAAGACCAUUCAGAAAUUGCUGUUCCUCACUAUGCAGUGGAAAUCGAAUGUGAAGGAGCAGUUGUGAAUACACUGAUGAAGAAAUACUGGAACGGAGAAGGCUCAGAUGGUGCUUUGUUAGAAAAUUUGGAAACAGCGGACCGGGAUGAAACCAGGACUGUGGAUGAGAAUGUUGAGGUUUAAAGUCAUCCAAUUUCUGUCAAAUCUAAGGUAGGACCUCAAAACCUAAAGUCAGUUCCUACAAAUGGAGAAUGAAUGAACGAUAUCACUUUCAUUAUUUUAAAAGUCCUCUAAUCUUUGUUUCUUUCAGUUCUGGAUCCAGAUUAAUGCCUGUGGUGGGGGAACCCUGUUGUAAUUGAUGAAUUUUGAGUUUUGUGACCUGAAAAUGUCUUGUUAGAAAUUUUAGAACAUAAAUAAAAUUAAGCUUUACUUGUCAAUAAUUGCUGCCAAUAAACAUAAUACUUAAGCAGAUGUAAAGUCAGUGUUAUUUGUGGGGUUUUUUGUUUGUUUUUUAACAAGGAACUGAUUCCUCAGAAGGAAUUGCUUUUCAAUCACUUGGAUUUUCCAUGUAUAAUUUUGUA